AUGGUGAUCGAGAUGAAUUUUUAAAGAGGUAUUUUUUAUCAAAAUUUCAUUUAUAUAGAUAUUAUCCAUAUAGAGAUCACCAAGGUAAAUUUGAUCAACUCUUAGAAUAUUAUAAAUACCAUAAAGAUAUUCCAAGAAUGUUUAUACCAUAACUCUCAGAUUUAGCAAUCUAUUAUUAUGAAAAAAAAAAGUAUUUUUAUAUCUGUAUCCAAUUUUAGACAAUUAGAGUAUAGGAAAAUUAAAAUUAUGUUAGGUAUUCCAAUUGAAGAUGAUAGCAAUUGUACAGGUAUUUAUUUUUAAUAUAUCAAGAAUAUGAGAAAUUAAAGGAAGAAAUCAAGGUUCUCAACAGUAUUACAUAAUAAUCUGAAGUAUCCAGUCUUUCUUUAUUAAGAGUCUUGUUAAAAUCAAAAGGAAAUGAAGAGAUUAUGGUAUUAGAUCCUCCAAUUAUUAGAAUAUUGAUGCUACUUGGAUUACUAUGGUAAACAAUUAAUAACUAAAAACUCCAUAAUAGCCAUCCAAUUUAAAAUUACUAAAAUAGUUGAUAUCCAAAAAUACUUAAUUUUACAAAGAUAAAUUGCAUACUAAAGCUAAUGGAUUAAGUAAAAGAACUAUUUAAAAUUCACCAUAAUAAAAAGUUCAUUUCAAAACACUUUCAAAAGAUACUUCAUAAAAGUCUUUACCCUCUUCUAACAAAAUAAUAAAUAAUAGUAAUGGAGAUAGUGAAUUUAAGAAGUUCUUAAAAUAAUAAAUGGUUGUAAUCAAUCAUUCUAAUCCUUGUAAUUAAAAUAAUGUAAAAUAAUAAGCAAAACCUAUAUAAAUAUCUAAUUAUCAAUCAAAAUAAAAUAGUAUUCAUUAGAUUAUGAGUACAAGAAGUAUCUCAUCUGAAUAAUUAAAAUUAAUUUAAUCCUAAUAAAUCCUUAAACCCAAUCACUCUAAUAAAAUUAAUUAUUAAUCUAAACAUAAAAAAAGUUAAACUUAAACUCAUUAUACUGAAAUCAAUUCUCCAAAUAAACACACAAAAUAACCAUCAAAUAAUAUGCAUACAAAUAUAGGAAUUGAAUUAAAAUAAGCCUUAAGUCAUACAAAAUCAACAGAUAAAUUAUUUAAAGUGUAUACUUCGUAAUCAUCAAUUCCUUUAUCUGCAAACAUAAAUAUAAACAUUGAUUAGUUAAAUAUGAAUAAUCUCAAUAUCAAAUCUUCAUUUUAACAAUACAAGGCUAUGCUCGAAAGUCCAAAAAUUAAUACCAAAAAGAAGACUCAAUCGAAUGUUGAAACCUAAAGAGUCAACAAUAAUAGUGGCUAAAAAAGUAAUGUUUCUUUAAAAAAAUCAUAACUCUCAGUUUAAUAAUUAUAUGCUUAAAAAAUCAUAUCGAAGAAUAGGAUUUCUAAAAAAUGA